CUGUGAUGGAGGACAUGAAAGGUCAAAAAUCAGCAUCAGGACACGCGUCUUUUCGUCGUUUCUAUCCUCUUCCAUUUCGUGCAGUAUCCCUUGAGGUUUUUUCUUCCAUUCUCUGCGGACGAGCGUGAUGCACCAUCCCGAUGAUUCUUCAAUUCUGUAUGAACAAAUGGCACCGUGUGAUGGAAGUAGAGUGAAUGUUGAGAGCGAGUGCGAAAUCCGCUAUCAGUUGUUUGCUGGUCUGAGUCUAUUGCCCCUCGGGGUGUUUCUGUUUCUGUUUAUUCAUUGGUUCAUUGAUCAAAGAUCUGCAGAAAAGCAAGUACGCACCAUGGGCUGCAAGAAACAAGGUCCAGUGCCGUCUCUUCGGCUUGUCUACAACGGUGCUUUGAGGUCGACAGAUAGGAAGAGGAGCACCUGCUCCACGCGGCCGCAUUCUCCUGUCAUCUCGUUGAUUUCUCAACUUUUGCUUGCCAUCACGUGGUGCAGCCACUUUGUUGCCCACAACACUACUUUCGCCCUGACGGUCCGCCACAAGAAAAUAAAGGUAUCGAAAAGGAUGCUCCCCGUGCAGGGCGACCAGGUGAAGCACGGGAUCUUGAACCAAAACUCCGGCACGGUGGAGUCCUCGCAAAGCUUCUACAAGGACGGCGAAGAAAGGGUGACGGUACGUACGCGCGACAUCGGCGGCCACGUGAAAUACGAUCAAGUGCCCGUCAAAGAUUUGCGUGUGACGCAAUGCAGCUCGACGUCCUCUUCUGGCAGUAGCAAACCGCGGUCCAUCCCGUCCGGCACAAAAGUGAAGAUCAGUGGGUGGUUCGGGGGACGCGAGGGCACGAUCAGCGGAAGUGGCGAGCCAUUUUACCGGGACGGGCGAUACGUGGUAUCGGUGCGCAGUGUGGAUGGGUGGUAGGGAAAGGAAGAAAACCGCCGGUCAUUUCAAGAUUCUGCCUGGUCAAUCUUUGCAUUUUUUUUGCAAUUUUAGGUGGCUCGUCAUCUGUAAUCGCACGACCAUCAAACUUUUCUCUACGUAAUUGCAGUAUGACCGAUGUGCAGGUACAGAUCGUGAUCGUGCGGUGUGUUUGUGUCCGGUGGAGGUUUUCUUCAAUUUCAUAUUGUGGGACACGUCGGCUACGAUAAUGUACCAGUGGAAAACUUGCGGAGAGCAUGAUCGUGAUCAGAAGCAUAAUUUACCUUCGGUUUGAAUCGUCUGCGAAACUCUAUGAAAAACAUAACAUUAACGUCAUAAAUUUAUACUUGUCGUACGCGAGUGUGAAAGUCCUACCGUGUCUGAGAAAAAGAAAAAACCCUGAAACACACAUCUUUGACUGUCGAACAAUACCGAAGUCACUAAGCGGCACACGCAAUCACGGGGAUGCACGCCAGUCUGCGAGUCCAUGGGAGGUCGGCUCUGUGCAUGGAGAUGGCGCCACCCAUCUGCGACGUCGUUCUACUUCCGCAACAUUACUUGUUGAGGUGAAGCGGGUUGCAGUGGCAUAGUAACGACUUGUCGUCAUCUACUUACUUUCGGCAGAAGGAGCAAUGUACUGCUGUGUCGUGCUGCUGACCAACAUUUUCUUAUAAACGGAAAUCACUCGCACUCCACACUGUGAAAAGCGCGCCAU